CGCAGCAAGUGUUUAGUUUCUAAUGUGUUUACAAAAAAAUAGUUUGUUUUAGCUUUUUUUUAACUAAAAUUUUGACAGUUUGUGUGUGUCUACAAGUCAAGUGAAAAAGAAAUUAGUUUAUGAUUAAUAAUGAUUUUGUUAAUUGAAAAGUGAAUGUAUUUUACAAAUUUUCAACAAUCUUUUAACCAGGAUGGCAUCGUCAACAAAAAGAUCAUGGAAAUUACAAGAAUUUACGGCACACGAGGCAAAUGUGAAUUGCUUAGCACUAGGCCACAAGUCUGGCCGUGUGCUCGUCACCGGUGGAGAUGACAAAAAAGUAAAUUUAUGGGCUGUGGGUAAACCAAAUUGUAUAAUGAGUUUGAGUGGCCAUUCAACACCAAUAGAGGCUGUGCAAUUUAAUUAUUCAGAAGAAUUGGUAUGCGCUGGAUCACAAACUGGUGCAAUCAAAAUUUGGGAUUUGGAGGCGGCUAAAUUAGUUCGUACAUUAACUGGCCAUAAGGGUGGUAUUAAAACAACAGAUUUUCAUCCGUAUGGGGAUUUUUUAGCAUCUGGAAGUCAUGACACAGUUAUUAAAUUAUGGGAUACUAGACGAAAAGGUUGUAUAUUCACAUAUAGAGGCCAUCGGUUAACAGUAAACAGUUUAAAAUUUAGUCCUGAUGGACAGUGGAUAGCGUCUGGUGGUGAAGAAGGUCUUGUUAAAGUAUGGGACCUUCGCAUGGGGCGAGUUUUAAAAGAAUUUUCGGAACAUAAUAAUUCUAUUACAUGUGUAGAAUUUCAUCCUAAUGAAUUUCUAUUAGCUAGUGGAAGUUCAGAUCGUACAGUUAACUUUUGGGAUUUAGAAAGUUUUCAAAUUGUAUCAUCUGAAAAAGAUGUUGGUGCCGUUCGAGCGAUUGCAUUCCAUCCUGGUGGUGAAUGUCUUUAUUCAGGAUCCACAGAUACACUUCGAGUGUUAGGUUGGGAGCCUUCUCGAACAUUUGACGUUGUCCCAGUCGGUUGGGGUAGAGUACAUGAUGUUGCAACUGCACAAAACCAAUUGAUUGGAGCUUCCUUUCAUAUGGCAAAUGUAUUAUUAUAUGUAGUAGUUAUUAAAACACUCCAACCGUUUGGAGACCCAUUAGUACCUGAUAUACGAACAAGUUCUCCAUUUACUAGAGAAAGUGUUAGGCGAAGUUUCUCCAGAGAGAAAACAAUUGGUUUAAGUCCUAAAUCUGUACCACAAGUAAAAACAAUUGAAGAAUCCACAUCCGGGACAGACCAAGAAGAAGAGACAAAUGCUGAAAUACCAAAUGUAACAGAUUAUCGAGAAGUAUUUAGGCCAAAUCGAAGUUUGGCGAGAACACCUCCUCCAGAAGAACCAUUUAUUGAGCCAGCAGAAAUUUUGAAAACAGAUCCAACAAAACCUCAAAUACUUCUUCCAGGUUCACAUUCAGAACCCGAAUAUUUAUCUUUAAGUAGUUUAGAAAUCCAAAGUAGUGGCAGUGUAUCUUUGCAGCAUCAAAGCAACAGUUUAGAAUUACAGCCAUCAACAUGCCCGGCAGAAAAUAUUACAGUUGAAAAUCAUGCGUCCUCCUAUCCUUCAUUACCUACCUCAACACCGUUAUAUAAUCGUUCGUUAUCCAAUCUCGAUACUAUAUUUAAAAAUCGAAAUCCUCAAUCGGAACCAAUAGAAAUUUCAAAAAUAAAAUCUCCAAGUUGCGAUAUUGACCCCGAUAUAUCCGAUUCCCCGCCAAGUUCUGAUCCAAUUAGACCACCGCGAAUUAAAUCCCCAUCAUCUAUUCCUUCCUCUCCUCCACAAAAAAAUAAUAUAAGACGACAAAAUUCUUGUAAAGAUGUUCCACAUAAUAAUGGAUUUGGAUUAGGAUUAAAACAUAGCGUAUCAGAAGUAAAUAUAAAUCGUACAACGACACAAUCACGAAGUAAUUCAUUUAAUAAAGGACUAAGUAAUGCACCAACGUCUAGAAAAGAAAUAAGUAAUCGAUUAACAAAUAAUCGAAACUCAUCGAAUAAUUCACGCAUUCCAAAUUUUACAAAUCGAUCAGAUAAACAACCGGUACGAUCCAAUCAUCACCCGCCGCCAAUCGAUGUUUAUGUAACACCUAGAAAUAAUGUAAAUCGAACUUCUUCGUAUCCUAUGAAACAAAUAGAACCAGAUGAAAAACAUCAUGAUGAUUUUGUUCCAAUGCCUGUUGAUAAACCUGUUGGAUUAGAUUUUAGUGAUUUUUUACCCAAAUCAAACAGUUUGCUGGGUAGUAGUCAAACAAUGUCAAAUAUGUCAGAAGCAGAAGUUUUAGGAAGCAUAAUGCGUGGACAUGAUCCAAUGAUGACUGUGUUAAAAAGUAGAUCACGUUCGUUACAAGUGUUUUACUCAAUUUGGCAAAAUAAAGGUGUGAAAUCAGCACUUGAGAGUGCAAUAGCUGUGAAUGAUCUCUCUGUGAUUGUUGAUGUUCUAGGAAUUAUUUCAUUAAAAACAUCAUUAUGGAAUUUGGAUAUUUGUGUUUUAAUUUUACCUAAAAUUCAAGAAUUGCUUCAAAGUCGAUAUGAAACAUAUAUGCAAAUUGGUUGCAACGCAUUACGCCUGAUAUUACAAAAUUUUUCAUCUGUAAUUAAGAGUAAUGUACAAACGCCCUGUGGUAGUUUAGGUGUUGAUAUACCACGUGAAGAACGUUAUAAAAAAUGUAAAUCUUGCCAUGAUAAUUUAUUAUCAAUACGUGCAUUUUUGUUAAAACGACAAACAAUGCAAGGUGCUUUAGGUACCACUUUUAGAGACUUGCAUAAACUAAUGCAAAUAUUAGAUUAACAGUUCGUUUAUAAACAAAAACAACCAACUAAAACAAUUCAAAUAAAAAAAUAUUGUUUAAAAAUAUCGUCGUUCCAAUUCAAGCCAUAAAGUGGGAUGUAAAAAAAACUAAUAAAUAAUAAUCAAUGUAAAUAAUUCAAUUUUUUAAUUCUAAAUUUUAGUGAUUAAUAUAAAUAAUCAUGCUUUUUGUGUUUUUAA